AUGUCACCCAAGGUACUCAUCUGCGGUGAACUAGAUUGGGCCCAGGAAGACGCGAAGCAACUAUUACAAGAUUUCGCAGAGAUAAUCCUCCUUAGUUCUCCGACGCGCGCAGAAUUCCUGCAGGGCUUUCAAGCCGGGGGAAAGUACGAGGGCGUCGUAGCCAUAUACAGAGAUAAUUCAUCUGCUCAGUUUAUCGGAAACUUCGACAAGGAGAUCAUCCAGGGAAUAUCCAGCAGCGUAAGAUGGAUCGCGCACAAUGGCGCAGGAUACGAUCGCAUUGACGUUCACGAGUGUAAAGCUUGUGGGAUAAUGGUGUCGAAUACGCCGGGCGCCGUAGACGACGCUACGGCUACGACCGCUCUCUACCUACUCAUCGCGACAUUCCGCCAAUUCUCCGCCGGCGAGCGAUCCCUACGCGCCCUAAACUGGAGAGUAACCGGCACCACCCAGACUUCCAGAGACCUCACGGGGCAUACCAUAGCCAUCUUAGGCCUUGGUGGCAUCGGUCUGCGCCUCGCUGAACUCGUUCACGCAUUCCCCAUGCGGGUGAUUUAUCAUUCGAGGAAUAAAGUUGCCAAUGCACCGGAAUGGUGUGAGUACUUCGAAGAUGUCGAGGAGAUGUGUGCCCAAGCCGAUGUUUUGAGCGUUCAUGUGCCUCUCAACAAGGAUACAGUUGACUUGGUGGGGGAGAAGAUUAUUCGGUCUCUUAAACGGGGAGCGGUCAUCAUCAAUACCGCGAGGGGCAAGGUCAUUGAUGAAGCAGCCAUGAUACGAGCGCUCGAAGACGGACAUCUAUCUUCUGUCGGCCUGGACGUGUUUCCGAACGAGCCCGAGAUCAACCCGCGUCUCCUCGAAUUCCCUCAGCUCACCCUCCUGCCACACAUGGGCACCGAUACCAAAGAUACGGAAUACAAGAUGGAACUUAGAGCCCUCCAGAAUAUACGGGACUUUUUCGCGAAAGGUAGAGGGAACGAUCUCGUUUCUGAACACAAAUAG